AACUAAAAGAAUCACAACGCGCAAAAUCGCUCUCGUUUUUGUGCCUCCAACGCCGAAAAGAAAAAAAAAUUUCAGAGCCUCGAACGCCAUUGAAAAUUUGGGAGGGAACGAGAGAGACAGAGAGUGCCCGCGCCAAAGCACGGAGGAAGAAGAAGAUGAGAUCUCUGUCGGCCAAGACGGUGUGUUUUGUUCCUCAAUACCCAGACGUACAUGAGCUGCAGGUUUUAUGAACUCUGCAACGGUUUAAGCAAAAGACUCGGUUGAGAAUAUACAAGCACAGAAAUAGGAAUGGCUGAUGGAAUAUCAAGCUUCUGGGGUCCUGUCACAUCGACAAUUGAGUGUUGCGAAAAGAAUUAUGCCUACUCUUCUUAUAUUGCUGAAUUUUACAACACUAUAUCAAACAUUCCAGGCAUUCUGUUGGCACUCAUUGGCCUUAUAAAUGCCUUGAGGCAGCGGUUUGAGAAGAGAUUUGGCAUUCUUCACAUAUCUAAUAUGAUUCUUGCCAUCGGAAGCAUGUUAUACCAUGCCACAUUACAACAUGUGCAACAGCAGAGCGAUGAGACUCCAAUGGUUUGGGAGAUGCUCCUUUACAUGUAUAUCCUCUACUCCCCAGAUUGGCACUAUAGGAGUACAAUGCCCACCUUCCUCUUCCUCUAUGGUGCUGUUUUCGCAGGUGUUCAUUCUGUGGUUCGUUUUGAGAUUGGCUUUAAGGUGCACUACAUGAUCUUGUGUCUUCUCUGCAUACCUCGAAUGUACAAGUACUACAUAUACACGCAAGACGUGUGUGCUAAGCGGAUUGCAAAGCUGUAUGUGGCCACCCUUGUUACGGGCAGUUUGUGUUGGCUCUGUGAUAAGAUCUUCUGCAAAGAGAUAUCCGGUUGGAUGAUUAACCCGCAGGGUCAUGCCUUGUGGCAUUUGUUCAUGGGUUUCAAUUCCUACUUUGCAAACACUUUCUUGAUGUUUUGCCGGGCCCAGCAGCGAGGAUGGUCCCCCAGGAUUGUUCGUUUUAUGGGGUUUUUGCCCUAUGUGAAGAUUGAGAAACCAAAAGCCCAAUGAGAGGUUCAAAGCAAAUGGCAGGAGUAUAGUUUCAGUAAAGAUGUCGUCGCAGGUGAGGAACGUGACCAAACAACCGGACAAUCAUUUUCUUUCUCUCUUUAGAUUGGACCGAAAAGAUUGGUUUUGAUUGUUUUAGAUUGGAUCUUGUCUUAAAUUUCCUUGUAAAAGUUGGACAUGUAACAUAUCUAUAAGCCCUUUUCUGUUGCAUUGGUCGAUAUGACAUCAGUUUUUCGUUC